CUCUGCAAUUGAUAUGAGGUUUAUAAAGAAGAGCAAGUGCUUGCUGUGCCCGGCCACUGCUACGGUUGGAGACACAUCUACACACACAGCGUACAUCGAGAUACUCAGCUUUGUGGGGACUGAGAGCUACAAAGAUUUCUUCAAGGAAAUAGCUAAAGAGUGGAUGGCGCUUGGUGGUGUUCCACACUGGGCCAAGCAAUGGAACUUCCUGAAGGACGAAGGAAUCUACAAGCACCUGAGGGACCACUAUGGUCCUAAUAUGAAGAAAUUCACUGCCGUUCUGGAUGCCCUCAAUGGCCAGAAGAAAGAUAUAUUUCUCAACAAGACCAUGACAACACUACUGUAUGAUUGAAACUGCCUUCGAAAUGUUCUUACUAAGUUUGUAAUGAAAUAUUGUGUAGAAGGGUAGGUAGUCAACUAACUGUGCAAUUAUAUAAAUUUUGCUGAAAU